AUGUCUUCCCCAAGGUCCCGUGCCCAGUCUUCUUCGGCUUCAAUCCCCCCUGAUUACAUCACUGGGAGCGGGAUUGAUGCCCACGCAAUAGAGGUUAGGAGCAAACUCCAUCCUUUUGCUCAAAAGAAUCUGGAUGAGAAUGUUCUUCACCUGUUCGAGAACACCCUGGUGCUUGGGCCUCACUGGUUUGGUCCUGUUCCUGCUGAGGUGGCAGAACUGCUAAGAAAAGACGCUGAGGCUCCUUUGUGUUUUGAGAGCACUUCUGCCCUAGCUUCUCAUUCUUGGGUUAGCAAGCAUUUGAGCCGAUCCUUCCCAUCCAGCGAGGUGAGGAACAGUCCAGUCAAAUGGGCAGACUGGAUUGACAGACUUCUCCCGAGAUAUGGGGGUCACUGGAGGAGAGCUGGGAUCUAUGACGCCAUUCUUCUGUCCAAGCAAUCGAUCAACAGAGAUGAGAACCUGCUUGCUGCUGCCUUGUGCUUCUGGAAUUCUGCCAGUAACACAUUUGAUUUCCGUGUGGGUCCCAUGGCUCCUACUUUGCUGGAUAUGGCUCAGAUUUUUGGGUUUAGGCCCCAUGGCAGGCCUGUUGAUGCUGGUGGAGAUUAUCACAGGCGAAAGAACCAGGAGAAAGUGGCUACCCCCUUCACUAUCUCUCCAGCCACGAUCAACCAGAACUGCUCUUUCUCUAAUUAUCUGAAGAAAUUCAGUGCUGAGAAGGACAAGGAUCAGCAGCAUAUGUUGUUCCUUCUGUAUUGGCUGAACCGAUUUGUCUUCCCCAAUCGCUCUUCGGCAGUUCUGCUUGAAUAUAGGCAUCUGGCAGAAGCGCUUCACAAUCACACUGAUGUGGGGCUUGGGCCAACAGUUCUGGCUCAUCUUUUCAAGAAUCUGCAUACUGCCACCCUGGAGAAUCCACUGAACUUGUCUGCUCCUGGUGCAUUCUGGAUGAUUCAGAUCUGGCUGCAGGUCUACUUUCCAGAGUUGAGGUUCCCAAACAUAGUUCUGCCUGAAAAUCAAGUUCUGGCCCUUCCUCUGAUAUCGGCAGAAGUGCCCAAGCGCUCUCUUGAGGAGUAUUUGAUGCUCUUCAGGCAUUGCACCAAGAGGUCAGCUGCUCAGUGGCAAGUGGUGAUCAGAAGGACCUAUCCUUGGUUCCAGGCUGGAUUUCGGCUUUUCGAGAAGGAGCCAGAAGACGAGGCUGCCAGAACAGACUUCAGGAAGAAAUUUCUGAGCAUCACUCUGCCCAGAGAUCUGCCCCAUGGUGGGGGCAAACCUCCAAAUUAUCAUCUGGGGGCAGAAGUCUAUCAUCCCAACUUCUGUGCAAGGCAGCUUGGCUGCCCUCAGCUUAUACCGUUGAAAUCAUAUCGGAGCUGCAACCGGGCCUCUUCUUGGAGGGAUGCAGAUGAUCUGGAGGUGCACAAGGAUGCCCGGUGUGCAGUGAACAAGAUAAAUAAUAGCACGGAUGCCCUCUAUCCCUCGUGGGAGCCAAAUUCCUGCAGUUCUGCUGAUUUUGACGCCUGGUGGCAAGCCAGAUUCCAAAAUCUACCUAGCUUCCGUUACUGCCCUGAAGACGCUUUUUGA